GGGCCGCUUUAAGCGUAAUUUUGAGCCAGUCCGUGCCUUCCACGUCAGGGGGAACGGGCGGUAGCGCAGCUGGCAAUGGGACUAGCGGAGGCGGCGGGCAGGGGCAGGGGGGCGUUGAGGUGGAGGAAGAUUGCGACCUUAUAAUGGAGAUAAAGUGUGACCCGCAGGGAUACGUAAAGUCACUCAACCUCAGGUCCAUGCUCUCUCUCCCUCAGGAGGUUCUGUCCCUCGUGUGCCUGCAAUCACUGAGUCUCGCUUCCACCACCAUUCCGCCCAUUCGCAUGCCAAGCAUUCCCUCUAUCAUCGGCCAACUCACCUCCCUCACUUCCCUGCAGAUUUCCAACGCAGUAGCAGGGGGGUCAUUCCCUGCAUCCCUGUCCCGACUGAAGCAACUCAAAUCACUGAGCCUGGGCGGCACUACCUUGUCCGGCACCAUUCCCCACUUCUUCUCCUGCCUCACUUCGUUGACACGCCUGGAACUUGCGCGGGUAGGCCUCUCCUCGUCGCUGCCCACUGGCUUCUCGCGCCUCACCAACCUCAUCAUGCUCAUUCUUCCCGGCAACAAUCUCACCGGCUCGCUCGCUCCUCUCGUUGGCAUGAAGCGCCUGCAGCACCUCAUCGGCAUUCACAAUCGUUUCUCUGGCAGCAUCCCAUCGACCAUCAGCCGCCUUGCAGACCUCUCCACCAUCUGGCUGGACAACAACACCAUCACCGGUUCCUUUCCAGCUUCCAUCUCCAAACUCCAAAACCUCGACUUCCUGGGCAUGCAGUUCAACCGGCUCACAGGCAGUCUACCGCAAGGCAUGGGAGGGCUCUCAAGCUUGCAAGGCCUGUACCUCUCCCACAACAGCAUCUCAGGGUCACUGCCCUCCACAAUGGGCAAACUGAGGCUUCUCCGCUCCAU